CCCCGCCGGCAGCGCUGCCAGCCGCCGCCCGCUGCCCAGCGCUUCGGCGGGGCACGGGCAGCAGGCCGGUGCGCAGCAGAGACCGCGGCUGGGAGAGCAGGAGAUGCCUCUUGCGAGGAGCGACACGGGGACCCUCUUCCACGAGGAGCCCCAGACUGGCAACCCCUACCUGGAGGACGCUUUGCUGCGGAGCUACCUGCGGACGCAUCUGCCCCCCCAGGUGCUGGAGGAGGUGAAUCAGGAGCUGGAGAGGUUCGGGAGCCGCCUGCUCAGCCAGGUGAAGCCUCUGGGGUGGGAGUGUGAGCUGAACCCCCCCGUGUUUCGCCAGUACGAUGCCUGGGGGCAGCGGCUGGAUCAGAUCCUCACCUGCUCAGCCUGGAGGAGGAUCAAAGGCAUUGCAGCAGAAGAGGGGCUGAUUGCUGAGGCCUACGAGAGGAGGUUCUCCAGCUGGAGCCGCCUGCACCAGGCUGUCAAACUCUACCUGUUCUCAAGCUUCUCUGGAGGCUUCAACUGCCCACUGGCCAUGACUGAUGGAGCAGCCAAAGUCAUUGAGUCCCUAGGAGUGCCUGGAUCUCUGAGGAGUGCUUUUGAGCACCUGACCACUCGGGACCCCGAGAAGUUCUGGACCUCUGGGCAGUGGAUGACGGAGCGCAGGGGAGGCUCUGAUGUGGGCAGUGGCACCGAGACAGUGGCCAGCAAGCAGCCAGAUGGGACAUACCUUCUGCAUGGCUUCAAGUGGUUUACUUCUGCUGCUGAUUCUGACAUGGCACUCACCCUGGCCAGGAUAGCAGAUGCUGAGGGGCAGGUGAAACAGGGCUCCAGUGGCCUCUCCCUCUUCUUCCUGAGGGUGCGAGAUGAGGCAGGGAAGCUGAACAACAUCCAGGUGCAAAGGCUGAAGGACAAGCUGGGCACACGGCAGAUGGCAACAGCAGAGCUGUGGCUGCAUGGAGCCAGAGCUGAGCUGAUCUCCGCCGAGGGUCGUGGAGUCUCCUUCAUCUCCCACAUGCUGAACAUAACUCGGAUCCACAAUGUCAUUUGUGCAGUAGCUUCCAUGAGGAGGAUGGUCAGCCUGAGCAGGGAGUACGCCCGCAGGAGGGUUGCUUUUGGGAAGCUCCUCCAAGACCACCCCCUCCACGUGCAGACGAUAGCCAGGAUGGAGGUGCAGACACGAGGAGCCUUCCUGCUGAUGAUGGAGGUGGUUCACCUGCUGGGGCUUGCAGAAACCAACAUGGCAAGUGAGCAGCAGCAGCUGCUCCUCAGGCUGCUGGUGCCAGUGGCCAAGCUGUACACUGGGAAGCAGGCUUCUGCUGUUGCUGUGGAGGCGAUGGAGAGCUUGGGAGGCCAAGGCUACAUGGAGGACACAGGCUUGCCAGUCAUCCUCCGUGACAGCCUGGUGCUGUCCAUAUGGGAGGGGACCACCAAUGUCCUCUCCCUCGAUGUCCUGAGGUCCCUCAGCAAGAGCCAGGGACAGGUGAUGGCUGCCUUCUUCUCCGCGGUGCAGAAAAAGCUGGAGGGGGCUUUGAGCAGCCCAGAGCUGGCAGCAGCUGUGAAGCAAACACGAGAAGCUGUCGGCAGCCUCAACCAGUUCAUACAAGCAGCUGCUGCCAGGGGGGCACUGACCAUGGAGCUGGCAGCAAGAGACUUCUCCUACAGCAUAGCAAGGAUCUAUGCAGGAGCCCUCUUGCUGGAGCAUGCAGCUCGGCCUGACGCCUCCUCUGCUGACAUCUGUGCUGCUGAAAGGUGGUGCAACCAGGAGCUGUGUCCCGUGGCUACAGGGCUGGGGAGCAGCAGCUACGAGGCCAAGGCAGCGCUGGCAGACAGUGCACUGGUGUACGAGGGCAGCCCUGCCCACAGCAGCAGGCUCUGACUGCAGGGCAGCAGCAGGCAGGUGAGGAGCCAAAGCCCAUCCCAAAGCUCACAGCCUCCGAGCACAGGCACAGUGAAGACAUCCCCCAGCCCCUUCAGGAGUCAGCCCCAGCUCCACCACCUGCUGCGGUCUGACCCCCAGCCAGGGGUUGCUGCCGCAGCCACUGAGCUCCAGUCUGAGCUGCUGGACUGUUCCUGCUGUGUCUCAGGCCCAGGUCAGAGAGCCAAGUGAGGCAGCGACUCGAAGCAGCAGCAGCACCUCCAGUGCCAGCUGGUUCUUCAGCCAGGAAAGCAACCCAAAUCAGGCUGGAAAUGGUCAGAAGCUGAUUAAAAGCCACCACUUUGCCCUGGUCA